GUGGACUGGACACUAGAGGAGUGUGUGAGGUUGUGGAGUGCAUCGCUCUGUCUCUCUUGCUCUUGUUCUCUCUCUCCAACGGGGGGAGAGGCAGGCUGGGCUGGGCUGUCCGCUAAAGCUAUCCCAGGGCUCAUAAGGAAGGGGGGAGGAACAGAAGAGAAGAGAGGCUGCUGCUUUGUGCAGCUGCUCCCAACACAGUCCCCUCUUCCUCUCGUUCUCUUACUUUCCCUCUCUCCUCUAUCUUUCUUUCUCUCUAUCCUCUCAAAACAUGGAGCCCAACAGUCCUAAGAAGAUCCAGUUUUCUGUACCUGUCUUUCAGAGUCAGCUGGACCCUCAGGCAUCGGAGCAUAUCCGUAAGAGGAGACCUACACCAGCCACCCAUGCCAUCUAUCUUCCACCAGACCUAACUGCAGCAGAUGACAAGCAGACUACAAGUCAUCAAGGAGAGACCCAGAGUGCAGGGGCGUCUCCCGCUCAGAGAAAACACAGCGUCUACACUCCGCCCACCAUGAAAGACUGCUCUAGAGGCCAUGGUGAGGACAGAGACAGAGACAGCCUGCCUCCUAGCAGACUGCCCCAGUCCCACACAGACACGCUGGCCCUAGCAGAGGAGCUAUCAGGGGCCCUGCCACGACUGGCAGACACACCGAGGCGCAAAGACACCCCCUACCAGCACCAGCCUACCUUCACUCCAGUGGUCAAGCUGCUCAAGAGCAAAUCAAAGGUCUCCUUCCCUGAGGAGGAGGAAGAGAAGGAGGAGGAGGAGGAGACAGAGGAGGAGGAGGAAGAGAAGGAGGAUGAAGAUACCAAGAAGAAGUAGGAUCCAAAGUGAAGCAUGAGGAGCAGACAAACUGUUGGCCAUGUUUCUGAUGGUUCAAACACAUGAAUGGGUAAUGAACUCUUGGUAAGAGAUGAUGCUAAACUUUAUCAGGUUAUAAUUUCUAACCAGGGAAUCAACUUUAUUCAGCCAUGCAUUGUUGAGAUCAAGAAAGGACAAUGUCAUUCAUUUCUCUGUACUGUAUCUCAAACUCUUAGUUGGUUAUGUAUGGUUAAGUAUUAUUAGAUAUUGUAAUAAGAGAGUAUAUAUGAGACAUUUUAACAGCAAUACUGACUGUUAUGCAGUGAAAUUAUAUCUGGACAUUUUUGUUUUUGUUUUCUUUAAACAGAAAAUAACAUAAUACUUCUCAUUGUGUCAGUCUCAUCAUGUAAAAACAAUUGCUGAUAUUUCACAUAGAUUGACUUCAUAUUUUUUUAGUAUUUUAUACUGAAACUGGGCUUGGUAUGAAUUGUUAGACUUGUGUACCACUCUAAGGUACUGCACAAACAAAGGAGUCCUACAAACAAAUGUUUUGCUCACUGGUGUUUUGGAGUGUCUGAGUCCUAUCAUAUGUAGGGCUGAUGCAUUGCAGAUGUGACCAAAUAAUACAAUUCAUUAUUGAAUGAAAUGUUGGCAAAACCUGUACAUUUCGGAUGUCUAAUGCAUUAUGGACAUAUAGUGGAGCAGAGAAAGAUCACCUGCAAAUAAUAUCAAUUGUAAAACCCUCUCCUCUCAAUGUCAGGCAGGAAUAUUUUAGUAGGCUAAUUGUUAUCUCAGCAAAUUAAUUAUGGGAAGAUUUCAUAACACAAAAUAAAAUAUUUUACCCCUA